AUGCGGAGUCUGCAAAUAACAUACACUCAAGAAGUCGCUCCUGUGGCAAAAGAGUCCUUCACAAUGAAUCGUACAAGUCGGCAGAGAAAACCGGAUUCCAUAGCAUUCUCCGUUGUACACCUCGACAUCAUGGAGCUCACGACAAAGUGGCGCAUGCCUUCGCCACUGACCCUGGCACUGGUCCUCCUCUCGGUUGCGCGACUAUCCGACGCCGUGUCCGAGAGUAUCAUCGGUAGUCGCGAGACCUGUGACGUCGAGGGAGAGGACUUCACCGUCGACAAAAUACCAAGAGUCAACACAAAGUGCUUCAACUGCAUUUGCAAGAAUGGGUUUGUGGAGUGUUUGCAGCAGCAGUGUCCGAGUAUUGAGGGAUGUUACACCCUUCUGAAGGCGAGGGAUGAUGAAUGCUGUGAUCGAUGCAAAGGGUGCAUUCGAAACGGCAUCGAUCAUGCAUCAGGAACUGAGUGGACGGACCCCAACGAUCCCUGUAGAAUACUCACCUGCAGAGCUGGAGUGAUAACCGAAUCAAAGUUGAGGUGUUAUACCCCAUGCUCGAAUCCUAUUCCCGCACCACCGGGCCAGUGUUGUCCGGUAUGUGUCGGAUGUUACGUGAAUGGACAGAAAGUCACAGCAGACAGAUCUGUCACAACGACUGAAGAUCCCUGCGUGACAUGCAGGUGUAAUUCCGGACGUCUCACUUGCGCCAAACACGCUUGCCCCGUGCUUCACUGUCCCGUCUCGAGUAUUGUGCAUGAGCCUGGAGAGUGUUGCCCUCAUUGCAAAGGAAAGAAUAGAGAAUUCUUCUCACCACCGAAGGGCGCCUGUAUGCUGGGAACAGCUGUCUACAACUCUGGCUCGCAGUUCUACGUGGACCACUGUACAAAGUGUUCCUGCAUGAAUUCAGCGAUCUCCUGUGUGAAGGAAACGUGUCCUGUUCUCGAGUGCACGAGUGACUAUCAGACGACAUUACCAGGACGAUGUUGUCCCCAGUGUCCACUUAUUGAGGAGAGUCGGGCAUCGUGUACUUACGGCGGAAGAACUUACGGGGCGAUUGGUUUAAACGUUCUAAUUUCUCCUAGGCAGGAUGGCGAAUCUUGGAAGCUUGAUCCCUGCAAGGCAUGCGCCUGCAUGCAAGGUAAAGUGCGAUGCGCCAUGCCAAUGUGUCCACCACUCAACAUUCCCUGUCCACCAAAUUCGAGGCUCGAACAUCCUGAGGGACAGUGUUGUCCGCGUUGUGUUGAAAGCGAUGGAGUUUGCACGGUGUUUGGUGAUCCCCAUUACCGAACCUUUGACGGUAAAUUCUUCAGUUUCAAAGGUGCCUGCAAGUAUCAACUCGUGAGCGAUUGUUUGGGUCACACAUUCAGUAUAAGAGUGACAAAUGACGCCAGAUCAACGAGGUCAUCGGCAUGGACCAAGACAAUUGCCCUCAAGGUGGGUGAUCUGAAAGUCAAUCUUGGUCAGAAAAUGAGGGUAAAAGUGAAUGGAAUGAAGAUUGAAGUGCCUUAUCGAGUGCCAAACAGAGUUGAGAUCAAUCGAACCGCUGACAGUAUCCUCGUCACAACGCAAAUUGGCAUUAAAGUGCUGUGGGAUGGCAUUAGUUUCAUCGAAGUGUCAGCACCGACGUCCUAUCGAGGACGGCUGUGUGGACUCUGUGGUAAUUUCAAUUCCCUGCCGAAGGAUGACUUCACGACGAGGAGGGGACGACUCCUGCAGGAUCCUUAUCCCUUUGGGCAGAGUUGGGCGGUUGGGUCGAAGAAAACAUGCACCAGGAUCAAACCGAUUAUCGUUGAUCGGGAGAGACGGUGCAGGGGGAAGAAAGAUCACAGAUUAUGCAAUCGAUUGCGAUCUCAAAUAUUCGACCCCUGUCACAAGAAAGUCAAUCCAACCAUGUACUACAAAUCAUGCCUCCAAGACAUGUGCGAGUGUCCAAAUAACGACUGCUACUGCGAAUCCUUCGUAGCAUACGUCCACGAAUGCCAGAGACUCGGUAUCCAACUGCCCCACUGGAGGAAGUCCACGAGAUGUCGCACCGUAUGGGACUCAACAGCCCUCAUGACCAACACACGACGGCAUCUCCUUUGAAACCCAACAUCCGUAUUUUUUUCUCAUUAAUUUUUGUACAUAAGUGAGGAUGAAAAUCUCGGAAGCAUGUUUUAAUUUAAUAAUUUUAAUGUUUAUACUACGAUUGCUGUAUGUGAAUGGAGAAAAUACCGGCAUGCGUGCUUCGGAGUUAUUUUUUUACUAGUCAUCGCUUCGUGUUUUAUACGCAUUAACGGUGAAUGAGCUCUUCGGGCCGAAAGAACGACGAAUGGAAAACGAAAAAUAUUUUUGACGAAUUUAGUUCCAUUGUUCACAGACAAAAAAACUAGGAUUCGAAGUUGGAAAAAUAUUCGCAGAGAACGCAGACAUAUUUUUAAAAUUAGGGAUUUUGCCAGAACUUUUCGUAAUCAGAAAUCAAUUAAUAUUUUAAUAAUCCAGGGUUUCCGGAUAAUCCUCUGUCAAGAGCGAUCAUUAAUGCAAUGAUUUCAUUGAUGAAAUCGUUGGACAAUCGAUGAGGAAGGCCUCGAAGACAAACAUUUUUUUGUAUAAAAAAAUUCAACAGCUAGAUGGAGAGCUUAUGUUACAGAUUCAGCUACAAAAUUGUUUCACAUAAACAAUGAAAUCAAAACUGCAAUGCUAUUUAUCGUUUUAUGAGAGAGACAAAUGACUUUGCACAAAAUAUAAAAAUGGAUUGAAGAAUACUCGAUAUCUGUAUUUUUAUUUCCAUAAAUAAUGAUGAAAAAAACUUCAACUUCGAGAUUAGAAAUUUAGAUAGAGAUUUAAAUCAACUGAUUAUGUCCGUUGAUUUCCAAAUAUUUUUCAAAAUAAAAAAAAGUAUCGAAUAUUCUUCAUCCACAAUUCGUAUUUCAUCUUCGUCUUUUGCAGUGAAAAGAUCUCAUGUCUUUGCUCCACCCAGCUGAUGAAUUUUACCACUAUUUUAAUAUUAUUUAACUCUUGUUUUCUAAUUUCCCGAAUGUAUCAGAGCACCGUGCAGUAUUUCGGCCGAUGAGCAGGCUCGCGGCAUAGCAUCUACAACCCAGUGUAUAACUCGACGCGUUUUUUUCGUUACAUAAUUAUUAAAUAAUUCCUACCCCAAUAAUCCGAAGACGUGUUGAAUAGCAAAAAGACAUUGAUGAAACGAAAUAAUAAAAGAUCGAAUGCUAGGUGUUAUUUCAACGUAUAAAUAGUCUUCAAAUUAUAGGUACAGUCGAGGCUUUAUAUAAGAUACCUCGAGCUCCGCGCGCUCGAGGCCUACCCCCACUCUUGGCAUUUUUAUCGC